AUGGGAAACGUGUUAACAAACCUGGCUCUUUAUUUGACGUGUGUAAUGGGAGGAAAGCCUUCUUCCUCCAAGCUCAAAGAAAAGUUUAGACAGCCAUUUUCACACUACGGGAAGGACGAUGUUAUGAAUCAAAAGCUUUCAAUCUUGCAGGAGGACAUCACCAAACUGGAAAUUGAUACAAUUGUCAAUGCAGCAAAUUCUUCACUGAUGGGAGGGGGCGGAGUGGACGGCGCUGUCCAUGCAGGAGCUGGGCCUUUGCUGCAGAAGGAGUGCAGUACACUGGGAGGGUGUAAAACUGGAGAUGCUAAAAUUACCAGUGGCUACUGCCUGCCUGCCAAGUAUGUCAUUCACACAGUGGGACCCGUUGUACAGGGGAAGGAAAGGCUUCCAGAGAAGGCCCUACAGAGUUGUUACAUAAAGAGCCUGAAACUGGCAGAGGACAACAACCUGCGAACCAUUGCUUUUCCCUGUAUCUCGACUGGAAUUUACGGCUACCCCAACGGACAGGCUGCAGAAACUGUCUUGAAGACUGUCAGAGAGUUUCUAGAAGAACACAGGAACUCGUUCGACCGCAUUAUAUUCUGCGUCUUUCUGAAUGUCGAUUACAACCUGUACAAGCAAAAGAUGCCAUUCUACUUCCCAUACGAUGUUGUUCCUCCAGAGUCUCCAAGGGGGAUGUCCAACACAGCUGAUAAAGAUGAAAACCAGACUAUGAAAAUGUCGAAACACGGAGACAAACAAGGUGCCAAAUCCUAGAGCCUGCCUUAAGAACAGCAUCAUUGAAGGAUGAAGCCCUUAUUACAAGAGGAACACUGGAACUGAAGACACUGCAAGAAAUCUAUUCCUCACGGCUCCCAUUCUAAUUCAUUUCUGCCAAGACUUGAUCUACAAGCUGGAAAUUCGAUGUGGCAUGAAAAUUAUAAGCAACAAAGCAAUAAAUUCUGGAUUAUAUAGAACAUCCACAACUGAAGUCAGUACAAUGGUCACAGAAAAUCAUUAAAUAUGCUAACUUUGUACUCUGUAUUUUGUUUUGCUAAUGAUUUUCUCCUGCUUAUGUCUUCUGAUAGAGAAUGCUUUAAUUCCCCAUAUGUAACUCUCUGUUGUCUUUCCCAUCUCUCAAUUCUUGCCAGUAAUAUCCCAUUGAUAACGUUACUGUCUCCCACUGCCAGUUACCCACUUGGUAACUUCCACCCACUUGCCUCUUAGAAACAUAGAAAAUAGGUGUAGGAGUAGGCCAUUCGGCCCUUCGAGCCUGCACCACCAUUCAAUAUGAUCAUGGCUGCUCAUGCAAUCUCAGUAUCCCAUUCCCGCUUUCUCUCAUUAUCCCUUCAUCCCUUUAGCUGCAAGGGCCACGUCACACUCCCUCUUGAAUAUACCUAACAAACUGGCCCCAACAGCUUCCUGUGGGAGAGAAUUCCACAGGCUCACAACUCUCUGAGUGAAGAAAUUCUUCCUCACCUUGGUCCCCAUUCUUAGACUGCGAUCCCUAGUUCUGGAUUUCCCCAACAUUGGGAGCAUACUUCCUGCAUUUAGCCUGUUCAAUCCCAUCAAGAUUUUAUAUGUUUCUAUAAUAUCCCCCUCCCAUUCUUCUAAAUUCCAACAAGUACAAGCCCAGUUGAUCCAGUCUUACCUCAUAUGUCUUCUUCCUUAUCUAGCUCCAGCCCACUAUCUCUUCACCAAGCAAUUAUUCUCUCUGUAACUCUUCUCUCUGCGUCCAUUGUUCUCUGUGUCACUCUGUCUUGCCCGCCAUGCGAACUUGAGAAAGGAUGGUCUCGACUGAAAUAACAAGGUGUAGAGCUGGAUGAACACAGCAGGCCAGGCAGCAUCAGAGGAGCAGGAAAGCUGACGUUUCUGAAGGAGGGUCCCGACCCGAAACAUCAGCUUUUGUGCUCCUCUGAUGCUGCCUGGCCUCCUGUGUUCAUCCAGCUCUACACCUUGUUAUCUCAGACUCCAGCAUCGGCAAUUCCUACUAUCUCUGGUCUAGACUGAAGCCUCGUUACCGAUUGUAAUGACUGCCAACUGAUAGUUAAUAGUGGGCACAGACUGCAGUUGACAGCAGGCAGAGAGAUGGAAGCCAGCAGGUAAGCUUCAAAUGCAACCUUAACAGUGCUAAUAAUAUCAUUCUCCCCACCAUAAUUUAGUGGAACUCUCUCCUCUGAAGCAGACAGAUAACUGAUUCUUCCACUGCUGUUGUCUAAAAAGAAUAAGUUGUGCUUUGAUGGGUUAUCCUCAUAGUCUGAAUGCACCUUUGGCUAUGCAUUGAUGGAUGUUUGAGUUUGAUAUCAUUGUAGUUGAUUCUGUAGUGAUAAAAUAAUUCUCAUGAAAUUAA